GGUGGUAUUCCGUUUUUCCGUUUUUGGUUUUCAAACGGAAAACGAAAAAACCACGUGAUUUCCGUAUUCCGUAUUUGGAAUGAAACGAAAAAACAAACUAACAAAACGUACACGGACCACACACGCACACACGCACUGACAGAAGAUGGCGAUGAGAGUGGCUCUGCGGCGCCUCUCUGCAAACUUUUCCCCCAGAUUGCCUCGCCUCUCGUCGGCAGCGCCGGUUUCCGCUCGGUUGCUGUGGAGGAGCGACUCUCCGCGGACGCUGAGCUCGACCUCGGUCCUGUCCACAGCCCUAAAGUUCACAGAAAAGCACGAGUGGGUACGAGUGGAAGGUGGAAUUGGCACAAUUGGCAUCAGCACGUAUGCUCAGGAAGCUUUAGGUGACGUGGUAUACUGCGGACUCCCUGAAGUCGGCCAAAGACUUGAACAGUUGGAGGAGUAUGGUGCCUUGGAAAGCGUAAAGGCUGCUAGUGAGCUCUACUCACCACUGGCAGGAGAAGUGACUGAAAUCAACACAGCGCUGGCAGAGAAUCCCGGACUCGUGAAUAAAGCCUGCUAUGCAGAGGGGUGGCUUAUCAAGAUGACGAUCGAAAAGUCUGAAGAACUCGACGGCCUCAUGGAUCAAGCUGCAUACGAGUCAUUUAUAAAGUCACUUGAAGAAUAAAUGGAUAAACUCCACUGUGCUGUUUUUAUAAUGUAAACACAAUCAAAGAUGCGUAGGCAGGGUUACUAACAUCUUGUCUGGCACUCUUUAUUUAUUUUGAUACUGAAAUUGUGCUAUCAAAAUAAUAAUAAAAGUCCUCACUCGCGUAUAAGGUUAGGUUUUGUUUAGCUACUAGCAAAACAAAAGGGCUCUUAAUAUCAAGAUAUGUCGUACACUGGUUUCUAAUGCUUUGCUCCAUGUUAACAAAUGUGGGAAGAGCCUGGAAAGUGAUUGUAGGAGCCGUGUCACAUUUGUUUAAUAAAAUUAGUUCCUUUCA